AUGCCGGCGGAGCUAUUAGGUGCACAGCGGUCAUACAUCUGCCCGGAUCGUGCGCAAAGCAAUGCAUACGAGGAUUUGACGGCUCUUAACUCGAUGUAUGGGCCCGCCUUUGUCUUUGAUCUUUGUGUUUUUGUUCGCAACUGGGACAUAAAUCACGACCAUCGCUCGGAAUUAGGGGAACCUGAAUGCUUGUCGUUUAGACUUACGUUUCAAUUGACAACAUGGAAGCAAGAACUUCUCGUGCCGUGUGACAGUGGAAACGCGCACUGUCGUCCAGCGGUAGGCGGGCUCAAAGUUCCGGUCAAGUCGCGGGCGGCGCUCGGCUUCCGUUUCUCCAAUUUGGCCACAUUCACGGGGCAAGACGUUCCGCACCCCACCCUUUACCUACUGCCCCCCUUUUCACCCCCUACAAUUCGUGCUUUAGAUCGUUUAUCGCAUCUGUAA